AUGGAAAAUAAAGAAGUUAUUACUAAAUCUAAUGGAGUAAAUAAACGAUAUGUUGUUAGACUCAUAAAAAGUGAUGACUUUAACAUUGAAGAUAAACCCAUUUUUAUUGAUUUGUCAUGGAGAUUAGAUAUUGUUUUGGCAUAUAAAAAUGUAUAUAAAUUAAUUCAACCUCAAUUUAUUAUUCAAAUUGAUGUUGCUGAUAUUACAUUAGCAAAGAAAGACCAAAAGAAAGUAAUACAAUCAGAUGGGUCAGUUAAGGUAGCAUUAAGUUCAUUAAGAAAAUCAAUUUAUUUUGAAAUGACCCCAAUGGUAUUAAAUGAAGUAAUUAAAGAAUUAGAAAAAGGAAUUGCUGAAUUACGUUCAUUAAAUACAAAACAAAUAUUACAUAAUGCAUUAAAAAAUAGUCAAUAA